AUGUCUCACGAAGCCCUCAACCCUAUCCACCCGGCCGUCCUGCCACAUCUCGACCCGGUCUUUAUCGAACUCUACAAUCAACACGUGGCCAACACCCCAAGCGGGCCAAUUGACCUCAGCGUCCUUCGAUCCAAAUAUUCCCAGCUCUACUCCUAUGGCACCGGUCCCGCCCCGGAACCCGCCCGAGUAUACGACACGACCAUCCCCGGCCACAAUGGCGACCUCAUUCCCUGCCGAGUAUACGAGCCCGCCUGCCCAGGACCAUGGCCGGUCCACAUCGACUUCCACGGCGGUGGAUGGGGCCUCGGAGACCUCAACACCGAAUCCCACAUCUGCAAACACAUCGCCGUGAAAGCCAACGUAGCCGUCAUCGACAUCGCCUACCGCCUUGUCCCCGAACACCCUUUCCCCAUCGGCGUCCAAGAUUCCUUCGCCGCCCUGCAAUACCUCGCCACCAAAAGCCACACCCAAUUCCCUAACCUCGACACCACGCGCAUCUCCCUAGGCGGCGUAUCCGCGGGGGCCAACAUCGCCCUUAUCAUCGCCCACCUAGCCCGCGACCACCACCUGCCCCCCCUCCGCCUCGUAGCCGUCGGCACGCCCGUCAUCGACGAUAUCUCGCAUUACAGCAUGGCGCACGACUCGCCCUUCCCAUCCAUGCAGACCAUGGAAUACGCACCGACCCUGAACUGGGCGCGGUUAAAAUGGUUCGAUCAGCUAAAAUGGAGUAGUCUGAGCGCGGACGAGACCAUCCGUCAGAAACAACUAACCGAGGUAAAAUGGUACGCUAAUGCAUUGAAUGCACCUGAUUUCACCCGGUUACCGCGGACGGUUAUCUACACGGCGGGAUGUGACCCCCUGUGUGAUGAGGGAGAGGCAUACGCGCGGAAAUUGAUUGAGGGCGGGUGUGAGGUUACGGUGAGGAGGUUCGAGGGCGUGCCUCAUCCGUUUAUGCAUAUGGAUAAAGAUCUCUGGCAGGCAAGACAGUUUAUCGAUUUGAUUGCUGGACAUAUCAAGGUGGCGUUGCAUGGGUAG